AUGUCGCCACACGCGGUUUCGGCACCUUCCUCAUCUGCACCAUCGGUGGCUUCACCAUACGAGACGUCUCUGAGCAGUAUGGACGACGACAUUCCUAGCCUUGUCGGCGACUCCAGAGGUUCUUCCAACUUGCAUCGAUUCGGCGACGAUGAAGUUCAGGAUCUGGUCGCUGUUGGAUUCGGGCCUGCUUCUCUCGCAAUCGCGGUAGCUCUUCACGAUUCGCUUGAAGACCCGUCCUUGCGAAGGUCGAGAGCGCCCAAGGUACGAUUUCUGGAGAAGCAGCCCAAGUUCGCUUGGCACGCGGGCAUGUUACUCCCCGGCGCGAAGAUGCAGAUUACCUUUCUGAAGGAUAUGGCCACCCUGCGGAACCCCCAGAGCGAAUUCACAUUCUUAAACUAUCUUCAUGCAAAAGAUAGGCUUGUCGCUUUCAGCAACCUUAACACCUUUCUGCCUCAACGAGCCGAAUACGAAGAUUACAUGAGAUGGUGCGCAGAGCAUUUCUCAGACGUCGUCGACUAUAGCCAAAAUGUCCAGAAGGUCGAGCGUGGCCGGAUAAAUCCACAGACUGGGGAGGUUGAGUACUUCAAUGUCACAUCCGUGAACUACGAGACUGGAAAGCAAUUUACUCUGAAGGCCAAGCAUGUUGUCAUCUCCGCCGGUGGUCGGCCACACAUUCCAGAGUCACUCCCGGAGCAUCACCCACGAAUAAUCCACUCUUCGCAGUAUCUGACCCACGUCCACAAGAUCUUUCCGGAAGGCUCGCAACCUAAGACUGUUGCUGUUAUAGGAGCUGGACAGAGUGCUGCGGAGUGCUGGCACGAUAUUCCUUCUCGUUUCCCAGGUGCACAGUCCCUGCUACUCAUCCGUCGCGCUGCGCUUCGGCCGAGCGACGACUCGCCAUUGUAAGUGACUCUUGCGCGUGGUGAAAUGCGUUUCCUAAUGAGCUUGUAGUGUCAAUGAAGUCUUCAAUCCAGAGAGAGUCGACGACACCUUCUCUCAAGAACCAAGCCUCAGACAAGAUGCUCUUGCUGCCGACAAGGCCACAAACUACGGCGUCGUGCGCCUAGAAUUCCUCGAGCGCAUCUACGACGAGAUGUACGGAUACCAACUGCAGUACUCCCGAGAGCAGGAUUGGCCGCACCAAAUCCUCAAGUACCGAUCGGUGACAGGCAUGCGCGAUGUGAACGUUGAUGGCAAGCCUGCCGUCGAACUGCAGAUCCAGAACAACUCUGGCAUGUACUGCGCGUCCGAGGAUUCCGGACAGGAGACUUUGACCGCAGAUCUAGUCGUGGUUGCGACUGGUUAUCUUCGCAACUCACAUGAAGAGAUGCUUUGCAGUCUGCAAGACCUGAUGCCUGGCGAAACUGCACACGGCAAGAAGUGGACCGUUGGUCGCGACUACGCAGUGGAGUUCUCGCCCGGCACCGUCUCGCCUGAGGCCGGCAUCUGGCUGCAGGGAUGCAAUGAGAAGACACAUGGUCUGUCUGAUACACUGCUUUCAAUCCUGGCUGUCAGAGGCGGGGAGAUGGUCGAGAGCAUCUUCGGCUACCCCGAAGAAUCACAGCAGAAGGACGCUAUCCGCGGCCUGGAGCUGCGAUGA